GUCUGUGUCAUAGAUGUGUAAAUACACGUUUGGUCUGCGCAGCGCCGCCCGCAGUCGAACACACCUAAACAUCAACACACUACAACACAAACAUGAAAUACGGUUUGUUUCCACUAAUGACUCAGUUAACUCAGUAUUAGCACACACAGAACAGACAGGAGCGCUCGUAGAAGAGCCGCGCUGGAAUUGUUCGAGUUUGAUCCGGAUCAACGGAUGGACGCGCCCGACGCGGUGUUCUUUCCGGACCGACGGGCUCCUGCCAGUCACCUCCUGCUGGAGCAGCUGCCCAGCUACCAGUCUCUGCUCUACCGGAGGAAGUCCAGCUCCAGCGGCAGCGCCAGGAGGCGGGGCAGUGGGCGGGGCAGUGGGCGGGGCAGACAGCCAUCCGUCAACAGUGGGAAAUGGGCGGAGCAGAAACCUGUUCACGGUGGGGACGAGCUCAAACCCGUGAGGGAGCUUCCCAAGAGCAUGCAGGACAAACGGCGGGAGAAGCAGCAGCGUCUCCAGCAGGGCGGCGCUCUCACCGGCUGGGGUUUGUGGAGGCUCAAUGUCCAUCGCUCUCUGAAACGUCUCAAGGAGGACGGGAUGGAUGUCCUCUUGUCUCUGCAGCUCUGGAGGGCAGAUAUUCAUCUCAUCGAGGGCAUGUUUGGGACGGGAAUCCUGUCGUAUUUUUCAUUCCUGCGCUUUCUGGUGCUUCUGAAUUUCAUCAUGUUUCUGCUGAUGUUUGUGUUCGUGAUGCUGCCGGUGAUCGUCACAUCACACAGCGCGCACAACGUCACCUACAGCAGCACCAACGUGAGCGAAUGCAGCGGGUAUCCGGCCAUCUCUCACCGGGCUCUCGUCGUGUUUCAUCAGCACAUCACAGACCUGCUGUCUGGAACGGGCUUCCUGGAGCGCACGUACCUCUUCUACGGUUACUAUAAGCUGGAGUUCAUUCAUUCCCACUUCACCUACAACCUGCCGCUGGCGUAUCUGCUGGCCACCAUCUCGUACCUGCUGCUGAGCCUCGUCUGGAUCGUCAAGAGGUCUGCGGCCGGUUUCAAACGCAAGCUCAUACAAGACGAGGACCGCUUCCAGAGCUUCUGCAAUAAGGUUUUCGCCGGCUGGGACUUUUGCGUCACCAACGAGAACGCAGCGCGUCUCAAGCAGAGCAGUUUACUGUACGAGCUCAAGACGGAUCUAGAGGAGGAGCGAAUCAAGCGCAAGAUGGCGAAUCGCACGCGCGGCGAGAAGUGUCGCAUCUACGCUCUCAGAGUCGCUCUCAAUCUCUUCGUCGUGGGCGUCCUGGUCGCGUGCUUCUACUGCAUCUACAUGGCCACGGUGUUCUCGCAGCAGAAGCAGACGGAGAAUCAGAAGAGUAAUUUCCUGUUGGAGCUGGUCGUCGAGUAUCUGCCCUCCAUUGUCAUCACGCUGGCCAACUUCAUCACGCCGCUGAUCUUCAACCUCAUCAUCACCUUCGAGGACUAUUCGCCUGCGUUUGAGAUCCGCUUCACGCUAAUGAGGUGUGUGUUCAUGCGUUUGGCCAGUAUCGGUGUGCUGCUCUUCUCUCUGUGGGUCCAGAUCACGUCCUGUGGAGGAACAGACUGUCCCUGCGGCUACAACCAUCAGCUCUACCCCUGCUGGGAGACUCACGUCGGGCAGGAAAUGUACAAGCUUGUGAUCUUCGACUUCCUGAUCAUUGCUGCCGUCACCAUCUUCGUGGAGUUUCCAAGGAAGAUCAUCGUGAAUCAUUGUGACUGCGGUUUGGCCAAGUGGUGGGGUCAGCAGGAAUUCGCCAUCCCGCAGAACGUGCUGGAGAUCGUCUACGGCCAAACCAUCUGCUGGAUAGGAACCUUUUACUGCCCUUUACUUCCUGCCAUUAACACCGUCAAAUACAUCCUCGUCUUCUACCUGAAAAAGGUGUCUCUGGUGACUAACUGUCGUCCCGCCACUCGUCCGUUCCGAGCGUCCAGCUCCAACUUCUUCUUCCUGGUGGUGUUGUUGAUCGGGUUGGCUCUGGCGUCCGUUCCUGUCAUCGUCAGCAUUGCAGAGAUCCGUUCGUCGCGGGCGUGCGGCCCGUUCGUCAACUACGGCACGUCGUGGGAGGUGGUGCCGCGUGCGAUUUCCCAGCUGCCCCAGGGUCUGCGCUCCUUCCUGCUGGCGCUCGCCUCCGAGGCCUUCGCCGUGUCCUUCUUCGUCAUCACGUGUCUGGGGAUGUUCUACGUCAUCGCCUUGGCAGGAGCUCAUAAGCGUGUGAUCGAACAGCUCCGAGAUCAGCUGGCCAUGGAGGGUCGUGAUAAGCGUUUCCUGAUUCAGAAGCUGUGUCAGGCUCAGCAGGCCGCAUACUCUCGUUCUCCACAGCGCAGGCCCCCGCGGGGUUUGCGUGGACGCCGUCACGACGCCGAUCUGUAUUUAGUCGAGCCGUCGGCGGUGCUGGAGACGCAGGCGUGAUGCAGAACCGUCGUCCGCUGCCGCUGGAACAAACUCUCGUCCGCUCCUCUCGUCCUGUGUUUCCAUGUACUUCUGUUGGGCAUCUGCACAUUUAAAGCUGCUCUGAAACACUAAACACUGUCACUGAGCAUUAACUAGCCUGUUUACGAAUUUACUGUCUAAUGUCUUCUGUGUUUUAAAAAAUAUACAUAAACUUUUGUAAUUAUCCAUUU